AUGUCCAUCCCACUCACAUACGGAUACCACCGAUAAACAAGAGGCACAACGCGCGUUUAUAUUUUAUGUAAACAUGGCUUCAAUGAUUACCAAACCAUCUCACCUACGUUGUAUCCUAACACGGACUGGCAAAUGUUUAGCUGUGAAUUGGACAAAGACAUCAUUUGGAUCAGAAAGAAGUUAUGCUUCCAAAACCGAUGGAGAAAGCAGGAUCCCCAAAAUAUACACUAAAACUGGUGAUAAAGGUUUCUCUAGCACUUACACUGGAGAGAGAAGACCCAAGGAAGAUCAUGUUUUUGAAGCAUUGGGAGCAACGGAUGAGUUGUCAUCAGCGAUAGGCUUGGCCAGAGAGUUUUGUAUCGACAAAGGCCAUACAUUCACAGAUCAGCUGGACAAGAUUCAGUGUGUCUUACAAGAUGUGGGAUCCAACAUUGCCACACCUCAGUCAUCUGCACGAGAAAUUCAUAUAAAAAAAACAAAGUUCAGUUCCCAACCAGUGGCAGACCUUGAAAGCUGGAUUGAUGAGUUCACAGAGAAGCUUCCACCACUGACAAACUUCAUAUUACCUUCUGGAGGAAAGAGCAGUGCGGCCCUCCACAUAGCACGGACAGUGUGUCGCCGAGCAGAACGCAGUGUUUCCCCUAUUGUGCGGUCAGGUGAGGCCGAUCCUGAUGUUGCCAAAUAUUUGAACAGAUUGAGCGACUACCUGUUCACAGUGGCCAGGUACACAGCCAUGAAAGAAGGCAACGAGGAGACGAUCUACAAGAGACCUGAGUGACACACGUCUACACGUGAAAGAACAAACCGGGGACCUUUGUGGAACAACCUUUGUUCUGCUUCUAGGUUGAAUUAAUCAAAUCAUCGGCAUUGUUUUAUGUGAAAGACAGUUCGAUGGGUCCAAGUUUAAAUACUGUAUCUCGUGAUGGAACUUUUCCUACAUUUCAAAUAAAGACUUGAAUCCAAAUUCGACUUCGCUAGAGGCAAAAUCUAAAUGUACUGACACUUUACUUUUAAUGUCAUGUGGUACACUUUUUAAAUUGAUGCAACAACCAUUUUUGAACAGGAUACUAAUAAAAUGAAGUUUAAAUUUGUAAUGAAGCGCACAAGUUAUAAUCCUGUAUUGUAUAUGAAGCACAGGUUGUAUCACAAGAAGCUUUAAAUACAAUUUCUUUAUCAAGUAUUUCAGAGAACUGAAUGACUAGUUUUAUCACUUGGCAUCAGAAAGUACACUUUUCUAAUGAAAACAGAUGAGACUCCAUAUUGAAUCAUCAUAAACCUAUGUACUUGUAUAGCAUUUCUACAAACGGGCUAUCAUCCUGCAGUAAAUAAAUGUAUUUUUUCAUCACAUUACCAUUAUCUUCUACAUCUCAAAUGUGAAGUGCUGAAGGUCAUAUUGGAGACCUAUUACAACUGGUCCUCAGAACUGUAGGUUCAGAUAUCCUCAUUUCACACUGGGCUUUCCAACAUCGUUUCAACAACUGUGGUGGAUGUGUAACCAAGCAAGCGUAGUGUAGCUCAGCCCGGUCCAGCUCAGUAUUGUGAAAAGGGCUCCGUCUUCCAACUCACACACGGUCACUAUCUGGCACCAGGCCUGGCUCUUCUGGGAAAUGCUACUGGCCCAGGACAUAAGAGACAGAUUGUGAUCCUCAUAUGGUGGGUAAUGCAAGUAGGUGAUUGAGCAGGCUUGAUUUCCUGUGUGAGAAGGUAUCAAAGCUGUAUGGCCCAUGAUAGGUGCCAGUGGAGUGGGUUCUU